AUGGGACCCUACCCCUCAGAACGUCCGCGGGGGAACACCAUUUACUUCACACCUGUCCAAACAGAGGCUAUUGUCAGUGCCAUGCACCACGGUCUGACAAUGGUGGUAGGACCUCCAGGCACAGGGAAGACGGAUGUGGCGGUGCAGAUAAUAUCUAACUGGUACCACAACACACCAGACCAACGGAUCCUGCUUGUCACACACUCCAAUAUGGCGCUCAAUCAGCUCUUUGAGAAGUUGAUGGGUUUGGACAUAGACGAACGACAUCUGCUCCGUCUGGGUUACGGAGAAAGAGAGCUGGAUACGGAGAAGAUCUUCUCGAAGUUCGGUCGAGUCGAGCACAUCCUCGAGCGGCGCUUGCAGCUGCUUCAACACGUACAGCGACUGGCGGAGACCUUGGGUGUACAGGGGGAUGUGGGAGCGUCCUGUGAAACAGCGCAGUACUUCUACCUACACAGCAUCAUGUCCAGAUGGGAAGAGUAUCUCAGUAAGGUCAAGCGAG